AUGAGGAGACCUUUUACUAUGACAAUGGAAGAAGAAAGCGUCGCAUUGUUGCUACAGCAGCUCCAGGAGCUCCGUACAGAGAUGCGGACUCAGAAACAACAGCUCCAAGAAGAGAAUAACAGCUUACGGGCGGAACUACAGGCCGUACGGAACUCGCAACUGAGAAACCAUCCACCAGUUACCACUACAGUUACAUCCGCAACGCCCACCCCCUACGAACGAAGCUAUCCCCGUCCUCGUCACCCGGAUGUCGAACCCUUUACUGGAGAAGACCCUAAGGACUACCCUCCUUUCCAGAUGAACCUUCGUACGAAGUUUGCAAUCGACGCCGCCUGCUACCCUACAGAGGAGGAACAAGUUUACUAUGCCUACAGCCGCCUGAGAGGAAAAGCCAGCCAGCGUGUACUACCAUGGCUCUUGGCUCGCCAGAAAUCUGAGACUCCCGUGCUAUGGGCAGAAUUCUCCGCGGUACUAGACAAGGCCUUUGGUGACCCUGACCGACAGAGAAAGGCUCUUGUACGAGUGAAUACAAUGAAGCAAGGGAAACGUGACUUUGAAGAGUUCUUGAAUGAAUUUGACGAAGAACUUCUUAAUGCUGGAGGGAUUAAUUGGGAUGAUAACCAGAAGAAGGCCUUGUUGGACACGGCAAUUAAUGUUGAGUUGCUAAAAGCCAUGGUUGACCAGCAGGAGGCUCUGACCGGACCGGGACCCCUGAUCAAAUGGACUGGGAAGCCACCCAUGCUCAAAUUGCAGCCCUACAAAAGGAAGUCGCGGCCCUCCGUACGAAAGGGACCAGGACCCCAAGAAAAGCUAGUCAGGCGCCUGCAGAGGAGAAGCAAAAGAGGUUGUCUGAGGGCAAAUGCCUACGCUGCGGUGAUCCUGACCACUUUAUACAAGAGUGCCCUACAAAACCUACCAGGCGCCCUAGGCAGGUGGCCACAGUUCAGGAAGAACAAGACCAAAUGGAUGACUACAGCGAGAGCGAGCUGCCUGACCUAUGGGGUAAUCAGUGACAAGUUUGUCAAGAUACAUCAAAUACCCACCAUACCUAUCCACCCGAAACCUUUCAAGGGAGUGACCGGGAAUAUAGAGGAGAUUAAUAAGAUUGUACGGGUUCAGCUAGACAUCGGGGCGCAUACAGAAAAAGGAGCCUACUUCUAUGUGAUACCCGAUAACCUGGGCUAUGACUUGAUCUUGGGACUCCCCUGGCUGGAGCAACAUGAUGGAAGGUUAGAGGCUAAGAGGGGCAGGCUGUACCUCUGUACUACUGGAGUCCGUCUAUGGAGUACUACAAAGAGGCCCUUACCAAAGCUGAACAUAGCACAGAUAUCCGCCGCAACCAUGGGAGGAUUUAUACAAAGGAAAAGGUGCCGUGGCCAAGAUAUUGAGAUAUUUGCGGUCUCAUUGGCAGAUAUACAGAAGGCACUGGCCCCAAAGAGACAUAUUGACCCCCGUACAAAGCUACCAAGGCAAUACUGGAAAUACCUAAGAAGGCUCUUCGAACAAGACAAAGCAGAAGAACUACCACCGCACCGGGGAGAUGGGAUUGAUCACGAAAUCGAGCUCGUACAGGAGGAGAGUGGGAAGGAUCCUGAAGUCCCCUGGGGCCCCCUUUACAACAUGACCCAGGAAGAACUAAUAGUCCUCCGGAAAACACUCUCUGAACUAUUACAGAAAGGCUUUAUCCGCGUGAGCCAUUCCCCAGCUGCAGCCCCAGUACUCUUUGUACGAAAACCAGGAGGAGGACUGCGGUUCUGCGUCGACUACCGUGCUCUAAAUGCCAUUACCAAGAAGGACCGCUAUCCAUUGCCCCUGAUCCAUGAGACACUGAACCAAAUUGGACAAGCCAGAUGGUUUACUAAGCUGGAUGUGUCUGCUGCCUUCCAUAAGAUCCGCAUAGCCAAAGGCCAGGAAUGGAUGACUGCCUUCCGUACGAGAUACGGGCUCUUUGAAUGGCUAGUCACCCCUUUUGGGUUGGCUAAUGCACCGAGCACCUUCCAAAAAUACAUCAACUGGACCCUCCGGGAAUAUCUAGAUGAAUUCUGCUCAGCCUAUAUCGACGAUGUGCUUGUCUAUACCAAUGGGGACCUCCGCCAGCACCGGAAGCACGUACGAAUGGUCUUGAAGAAACUGGAAGAAGCAGGCCUAUAUUUGGAUAUUAAGAAGUGCGAAUUUGAGUGCAAGGAGACAAAGUACUUGGGCUUUAUAAUACAGGCAGGGAAGGGAAUCAAAAUGGACCCGGAGAAGGUGAAAGCAAUAAAGGAAUGGGAAACCCCUACUACUAUAAAGGGCGUCCGAGGAUUCCUGGGCUUUGCCAACUUCUACCGAAGGUUCAUCCCUAACUUCUCAGGGAUCGUACGCCCACUGAACAACUUGACAAAGAAAGGGACACCCUUCUUGUGGACUAAGGAGUGCCAGGAUAGCUUUGAUCUGCUUAAGGAAAAGUUUAUUACUGGACCUGUCCUAGCAACCUUCAACCCUUCCUACCGUACGGUAGUAGAGACCGACUCCUCAGGUUAUAAUACAGGAGGAGUUCUCUCUCAAUAUAAUGAAAAAGGGGAAUUGCACCCAUGUGCCUACUUCUCUAAAAGGAAUUCUCCAGCUGAAUGCAACUAUGAGAUCUAUGACAAGGAGCUACUUGCAAUUGUACGAUGUCUUGAAGCCUGGGAUGCUGAACUGCGCUCAUGUGGAGAAUUCCAAGUUAUUACAGACCACAAAAACCUGGAGUACUUCUUCUCCCCAAGGAAGCUGACAGAACGACACGUACGAUGGUCCUUAUUUCUCAGCCGGUUCAACUUCAAGCUAGUAUAUAGGAAAGGGUCAGCCAAUCAGAGAGCUGAUGCACUUUCACGGAGAGACCAAGACAUGCCUGAUGAUGAAGAUGACAGGGUCAAGUCUCGUACGAUGCAACUUUUUACAGAAAAACACUUGGGGAAGACGGUAGUUGCCACCCUCCGACCGGCUGAAGAGCAACCAUGGGAGCCGUACGAAAAAAGUGAUAUGUGGAAGGAGGCACUCAAACAGGAUGAAAGAUAUAGUGAAGCAGUACUGUGCCUGAAAGAUGGAGCAAGGAGAUUUCCUCCACACCUACAAUUGAAAGUCGGAAUCUCAGAAUGCCAGCUGGACGCCCAAGACCAUAUCCUCUUCCGUGGGAGGAGGUGGGUGCCUGAUAGUGAACAGCUCCGUACGAGUAUAAUUCAGGCUGCACAUGACUCUAUAUUGACAGGACAUCCUGGCCGAGAGCAAACAUAUUUGCUGGUUAGCCGUGAAUACUUCUGGCCUAACAUGUCCCGGGAUAUCAGAAGAUUCGUCCGGAACUGUGAUAUAUGUGGGAGGACCAAGUCUUGGAGAGACCAGAGAAGGGGGCUAUUAAAGCCCCUCCCUGUGCCUGAUCGUCCCUGGCAGGAGGUUUCAAUGGAUUUCAUUACAGACCUACCAGAGAGCGAAGGUUGUACAAACAUCAUGGUUAUCACAGACCGAUUAACCAAAGGUGUGAUACUAGAAGGAAUGUCAGAAACUGACUCUGAGAGUGUGGCCUGGGCACUCGUACGAGUACUUAUAAGCAAACACGGGAUCCCGAAGGCUAUCACCUCGGACAGGGGAAGCCAGUUUACAAGUGAUACAUGGGCCCGCAUAUGUACCCUGACAGGGAUCAACCGCCGGCUAUCUACAGCCUAUCAUCCUCAGACUGAUGGAUCAACAGAGAGAAUGAACAGCACAGUGGAAACCUACCUCCGCAUGUAUACCUGCUAUGACCAGAAGGACUGGAACAGGCUACUUCCACUUGCAGAGCUGGCAAUUAAUGGCCGUACAUCAACAGCAACAGGGGUCAGCCCCUUCUAUCUAAGCCAUGGGUACAACCUCAGCCCAUUUACCCCUACCGAGGAGGUAGAGCAUCUAGCUGAAGAACCAACCAAGAGUCCUAUCCAGAAAGGGGAAGCCAUCGUACGGAAAGUUAAGGAAGCCCUAGACUGGGCUCAAGCCUCCAUGGCCUAUUCCCAACAGAAUACAGAGAAUCAGGCUAAUAAACACAGGAGCCCGGCCACAAACUACCAAGUAGGAGAUAAGGUCUGGCUAAGUCUGAAGAACAUCCGUACGGACCGACCCAGUAGGAAACUUGACUGGAAGAACGCCAAGUAUGAGGUUAUAGGCCUGGUGGGCAGUCAUGCUGUACGGCUGAAUACGCCCCCAGGGAUCCAUCCAGUCUUCCAUGUGGACCUGCUUCGGCUGGCUUCAUCAGAUCCACUUCCUUCCCAGAAGAAUGAUGAUAGCCAGCCCCCUAGCAUCAUGGUGAACGGUGAGGAAGAAUACAUGGUAGAGAAAAUCCUGGACGAACGUCGCAGGAGAUACGGGAGAGGUCACCGGCUGGAAUACCUAGUGAAAUGGUCAGGCUAUGCUCAGCCAACCUGGGAAGCUGCCACAGCUUUGGAGGAAGUACAAGCUCUGGAUGAGUGGCUGGAUCACCUUAGUGACUCGGCCAAGGCCUGCGCUGUCCUGAAGGCGGUGAGCCACCUACAAGACUUCCUUGCAACAACAAUCCUUCUUUCUCAUUUCUUCUUUAGCGAUUCCUUCUUGUACGUACGGCACGUCUAG